AACUUAUUGCAGUUCAGUUGAUAAAGUUGCAUCGUUCGGAUGUGUCUAUCGCUAGAUGUCCUACAAUAAGAUGUUCGAACAGACGACUUUCACGGUGUGGUUUGCUCUCAGUUUGGUGCUGUGGUUGGGGAUCAGAGCCGAUGCUGACGGACUGGCAUCCGAUAAAUUGAAACUACUUCCCCGAUAUUGUGGACUCAGCAUUUCCGACAGGCUUGUCGGAGGAAAGUAUGCGCAGUUGUUUGAAUAUCCCUGGAUCGCUCUGUUGCAGUAUGAUCACGAUGGGGAAAUAGAGCAUGGUUGCAGUGGAACGUUGAUUAACAAUCGCUAUGUAUUGACCGCCGCGCAAUGUCUGGCCAAUAGAACCGAUUUUCAAUUGCUUAACGUGCGCUUGGGUGAACUGGACAAAAGUCAGUAUUUAGACUGUUCUGUGUAUGAAACGGGAGAUGAGGCUGAAAAAGAUUGUGCAGAUCCAGCGGAUGAUUAUGGCGUUGAAACGAUUCGUAUCCAUCCGGAGUACAACCACGAAACAUUUCAGAACGACAUCGGACUGAUUCGCCUAAAUCGAGACGUCGUAAUGCAUGAUAACACAAAUCCAAUCUGCAUGCCGAUUGCAACUUCGGUACGGUCGGCGACAACUUCGAAACUCGUCGGUAUCGGCUGGGGAACUUGCGGAACUCAACAGAGCUCAAAUCUAUUGCAGAAGUCGUUGCUGACUCCAGUUGAUAGCGUGGAAUGCAAUCGUGCACUAUCUGCCGGACAAAUUGAGAUGCAAGUAAGCGCCGCUCAAAUCUGUGCCACCAGAUUCACCGGUAUGGACAUUGGAGGACCAAUUGGAGCAGUGAUGCCCCACUCCCACGCCGGACCGAAAUUCGUCCAGGUGGGCAUUGCUUCCGGAGCAGUGGGUUACUGUGAACGGGAAAAUGUUCCCGGGGUUUACGUUCGGGUUGCAAACUAUAUGGAUUGGAUUCUGGAUACUAUUCAUGCGUAGGAUUCACAUAACAUUCAUAUUAUAAAUAUAAAUAUAAAGUUAAAUUCUGUAGAACGAAAGUUAUAGACACUUAAGAAAUAUACAAUUGAAAUGAG